UUUUGUAGUUUUGUGUCUCAUUUUUGUCGUUUAGACAACUCUGGAAUGAUCCUUUCAUAUUUUUUCCAUUUUGUCAUCUUUUUGUCGACCCUCUACCUCUCUUUCUAUUUUUGCACAUUAACUGUUUAUUUCUGUUUGUUGAAUCCAUUUCUCAUCUCUUCGCCUCUUGCUGCUUCUUUUCUUUAUUUAAUGUGAUUAAUGAGUUCAUUAACUUGUCAGCAGACAGAAAAAGUCUUUUGUUCGUCUCAUUUUUCACCCGUCAGCUCUUCAAACACACCUGCUUCAUGUCUGGAAACUAAAUCCUUUGAUUUUAUGACCUUUAUGCUCUGUAGAUAUCAGAUUUUUCUCUCUUAAAUCUCCUCAUUUCCAGCUCAGUUAAAGCCUUAACUUUGCCGACACGUUUCCUUCAGUGUCUUUCCAUCCUGCCGGUUUAUCCCAUAAUGUAAACUGCAGGUGAAUGGUGACCGUCUCCGUGGAAACGACAGGUUAAAACCCCAUAAGGAAGUACCUAUUAGGUCAUUUUACUGCCGAGGUUAAAGUCCUCCAGCGGAGCCGAGCAGGAAGAGAUUCCAGGAUCGUUUCCUCAUGAACAGAUCGGACUAGUCGUUGGUAAAAAGCUCAGAGAAAUGGAACCUCAGAGACAAAACUCAGGUUACCAUGGCAACCAGCAGUCGCUCAGGUUACGGCAGGCGUCCUCCCCAGCGUCCAAUCAGAACUAUCCUCACUUCAACUGGAACUCCGGUCCCACAGAGGAGGACGAGGUGGACGGCAGCGAGACACAACGAGACCUCCGGACCCUGGGGCUGCCGCUGGGGCUGAGGAGAGCCGUCUGGCAGGUGCAGCAGAUGAAGAUUCCGGUUGUUUCCAGCUCAGAUUCCUGGAAACUGAAAAGAGCCAAAACUCUCCGAACAAUCAGAACCAGAGGCCGAGAGGUUCUGUCCUUCCUGACGCUGUGGAAGAAAACUCUGCAGAAGAUUGGAGGGAACUUUGGAGGCGGAGUAAAGUCCUACUUCCUGUUCCUGAGGUUCUUGGUGGUUCUGAACUUCUUCUCCUUCCUGCUGAUCGGUGGAUUCGUCCUCAUUCCCAGCAUCGUCCUCACGUCUUUGGACGCUCAGCUGGUCAACAACACAGAAUUCUGGUGGCAACCUGAACUAGAGGAGUGUCUGGAAUACGAUCCUAACCCUCAGGGCUUGGUGCGUUUCUAUGACUACCUCCUGGACUUACUGUCAGGAACGGGUUUCAUGGAGUCCUCUGUCCUGUUUUAUGGCUACUACAACGUGAAGCAGGGGAGCUACAACCUCCCUCUGGCCUAUCUGCUUACUGCCGUCUUCUACUUUGCGUUCUGUCUCAUUUGCAUCAUCGUCCGGAUGGGCACCGCAGCUCGGGUCGCUGUGGCGACAGGAGGCGGCGCCGUGGGCAACUACAGCAGCAUCGUGUUCACCGGGUGGGACUACGGUUGCCUAGGAGACCGAGCGACGAAGCUGAAGCAGAACAACAUCCGAUACCAACUGAAGGUGGAUCUGGAGGAGGAGCGACUGAAGCAGCAGGCGGCAGCUCUGACGACGACUCAGAGGCUGCUUUUAUAUUCUCUGCGUGUCUCCAUGUUUUUCCUGGCUCUGGGCUUCAUUGCAGCAGCUUUGUACGGCGUCGCCGUGGCCACAGAGAAUAGCCAGGGAAGAAGUGGUGAUGAAGGAAUCCUGGGUUUGAUCUUCGAGUAUCUGCCGUCGAUCGCCAUCACAGCGGGGAACUUCGUGGUUCCGCUGCUGUGCGACCAGAUCGCCUCCGUGGAGAAAUAUCCUCCCACCAUCACCAUCAUCCUGGCUCUGCUCAGAGCCGUGGUUCUGCGUCUGGCAGGUCUGAUCGUCCUCCUGUCCACUCUGUGGAGUCAGAUCACCUGCCACGGACACACAACCAGCGAAGAAUGUCAGCCGUGUCAUUACGACCAUAAAAACUACCCGUGCUGGGAAACUCGUAUCGGUCAGGAGAUGUACAAACUGACGCUGUUCGACCUCCUCAUCAACCUGGCCACUCUGGUUCUGGCUGAGUUCCCUCGAAGGCUGCUGGUGGAUCACUGGUCCAAUAAACUGACUCAGUGGGUCGGUCGGCAGGAGUUCGUGGUUCCGGCCAACGUUCUGGGGCUGGUUUACGGUCAGACCGUGGUCUGGACCGGAGCUCUGUUCUGUCCUCUGCUGCCGCUGAUCAACACCGUCAAGUUCAUCGUCCUGUUCUACUGCAAGAAGCUCACACUCUUCCAGAACUGUCGACCGGCCAUGAAGACGUUCCGAUCCACCACCUCCAACUUCUUCUUCCUGCUGGUGCUGGUGCUGGGCCUCAGCAUCGCCACCAUGGUCAUGAUCUACAGCGUGGCUGAGAUCCAUCCCUCCAUGGCUUGCGGUCCUUUCCGAUUCUUCCCCAACAUUUGGUCGAUUGUUCCGAAUUCUUUGUACAGCCUCUCUGACGUCACUCAGGAGUUCCUGUUCUUCAUCGGCUCACAGGCUUUCAGCAUCCCUCUGUUUACGUUAUCAUGCGUGGUGAUGUGCUACAUCAUCGCUUUGGCUUCCGUCUACGGGAAAAGUGUUGCAUUGCUCAGAGCUCAGCUUAAAGCGGAGGGCAAAGACAAGCAGUUUCUGGUCAAACAGUACGAGAAGCUGCGACAACAGCUUCAAAUCCCAGAACACAGCAGAGGACCCUGAACGCAUCAUCAGGAACCGACUUUAUUAUCUGAAACACGAGGAGCUGGAAGGACUUCAUCUGCCUUCUAAAGCAGGUUUUACCAAAGAUGUUGUUGUUCCUGAUCUAACUCCAGAGAUCAGUGUUUUUAGGAAGCUGAAUAUUAUUAACCUCCCUAAGUUAUACAGUUAAAUUAUUUCUAUUCCAAGUGUAGCAUGUCUGUAAUGUGUCUCAUUCCUUUCUUCUGUCCUUGAAAAAAAGAUCUGUUCAGUUACUAAAUUAUUGAGUUGUCAUUUAUAGUUCAUUUUUAUUUGACCAGCAGGUUCCUUCUACCCAGAAAUAUCAUAAACAAGUGACAAAAGCAUCGACUGUAUAAAAAAGACUUUUAUCUUUAUAUACGGUCUAUGGACAAAAGAUAGAAGAAAGAAGCUUCUUUUCUCAAAAACUUGAAAUACUGAAAGGGUAUUUUGGAUUUUUAGUGAAAAUGUACAAUUAACCAUAUAAUAGACACAAAACAACGAGACAAAACGACAAAAACGUGACACAAAACAACAAAAAUGAGACACAAAAUGUCAAAAAUGAGACUCAAAAUGAUAAAAACGUGACACAAACAACAAAAAUGAGACACAAAAAGAUAGAAAUGAGACAAAACGAUAAACGAGACACAAACCUUCUUUUUCAGUCUUUAUUUUCUGGUUCUGGUGAUUUGUUUUUGGACAGACUAGAGUUUGCUUUAAUAUAUUUUACAGUUGAACACAAAAUUCUUAAUUUAUAUUGAACCAUGAUUUGACAAUGAACAUCUCCAACUCAGUGUUUUGCUUCGUUUUACUUUUUCUUGUUUGUCAUUUCCAGUCAGAAUAAACCUGCUAGUCAAUUAAAAAUCCACUGUAAAUCAAAAUGUGACGUGGUGAGGAACAGUUUUUGGCUUCAUUGUACCAUCAGAUGUAUGUGCAGAUAUUCAUUGUUUUUCCUUUUAAGUCAGUUAACAUUAUCAGAUUAAAAAUUAUGCAACAAAUUAGUCACAGGAGGGCUUAAAACUUUGAUGUCAUCAUUUUAACCAUUUAAUGUGAACAUGUUUAUGGUAAAUUUCUGAUUAUUACUACAUAUAAUGAUUUCUAACUUUCUGUAUGGUAAAACACCGUGUGUUUGAGAUGUUUGUGAUGAAUUAUUUGAACUAUUUCUAUGUUUUGUUUGUUUGUUUUUUUUAGAAAUUGACAAAUAAUGCCAUGUCUGAAUUUAUUCACUCAUUAUUUGGAGCAAGGUAAUAAUUUUGGCCGUUAUAUUUUUAAGUAAAAAUGUAAAAUAAUGUAGAAAAAAUCUGUAUCACAGUAUCUUAUUGCCUUAUUGUCAUUUAUUUCAUGUUAUUUCCAGCCAGAGGUAACUUGUUGGUGCAAUAAAAAUAAAAGUUUGGAGAUUUUUAGUUAU